UCCCCGCACAACUAUGGUUUGCUGUAACAGAGAUGCUUCGCUAAACUUGAGGAGUUACAUUGCUCAGUCGAAAUAACAUGGAGAGGUUUCUCUGGGCGGCGCUUUGCAGCUGCGGCAAAGUCUAGUGCGCAAGGAAACAGUAGAAAAAAAAAAGACUAUAAAAAAACAAUGACUGGAGGCAGAGCGUUUCAGUGAAUGGGGAGAGGAAUGAGCGUGAUUAGUUUGUGUUUAUAAGUCUAGUGUAUGAUAUACGACUAACUCAGUGUGCGGCGCUCAGCAGACGCCAUGGCUGCUCAGUGCGACUCUUUGACCGGAUACUUGCAACAAUCGGACCCGGGCUCGAACAGCGAGCGCAGCACAGACUCUCCAGUCCCCGUCUCUGAGGAUGAUUCAAGCGGGCCCCUUGCCCCACCAGACCCGGAAUGGACCGAGGAGAGGUUUCGUGUGGAUCGCAAGAAACUGGAAGUCAUGUUACUAGCUGCCACAGAGGGGAAGGUCAACGGUGGAGAGGAUUUCUUUCAGAAGGUUAUGGAGGAAACUAAAACCCAGAUUGCGUGGCCUUCUAAACUGAAGAUAGGUGCCAAGUCUAAGAAAGAUCCUCAUAUCAAAGUCUCUGGAAAGAAGGACAAUGUGAAGGAAGCAAAGGAAAAGAUAAUGUCUGUUCUUGACACAAAAAGUAACCGGGUCACGCUGAAAAUGGAUGUGUCGCAUACAGAACAUUCCCAUGUGAUCGGCAAAGGGGGCAACAACAUCAAGAAAGUGAUGGAGGAAACUGGGUGCCACAUACAUUUCCCAGACUCCAACAGGAAUAACCAGGCAGAGAAAAGCAACCAAGUAUCAAUUGCAGGACAGCCCGCUGGUGUGGAGGCAGCCAGAGCCAAAAUCAGGGAACUGCUUCCCUUGGUACUGAUGUUUGAACUGCCUGUGAUUAUUCAGCCCAACCCAGACCCCAACUCCCCAGCAGUCCAGCACAUAUCCCAGACCUAUAACAUUUCAGUGUCCUUCAAGCAGCGUUCCAGAAUGUAUGGUGCUACUGGCAUUGUCAGAGGGUCCCAGAACAACACCACAGCUGUCAAGAGAGGGACUGCUUUGCUGUUGGAUCACCUGGCUGGCAGCAUGGCCAAUGCAAUCUCUGUGAGCACCCAGCUCGAUAUAGCACCACAACACCAUCUCUUCAUGAUGGGCCGCAACGGCAGCAAUAUCAAACACAUCAUGCAGAGAACAGGGGCCCAGAUCCACUUCCCCGACCCCAACAACCCACAGAAGAAAUCCACCGUCUACCUCCAGGGCACCAUCGACUCAGUCUGCUUGGCCAGGCAUUAUCUCAUGGGUUGCCUUCCUCUUGUGUUGAUGUUUGAUAUCAAAGAAGACAUUGAAGUGGAACCACCCUUUAUUACCCAGCUGAUGGAGCAGUUAGAUGUCUUCAUUAGCAUCAAACCAAAGCCCAAGCAGCCAAGCAAGUCUGUGAUUGUAAAGAGUGUGGAAAGGAAUGCCUUAAACAUGUAUGAAGCGAGGAAGUGCCUCCUGGGCCUAGAAAGCAGUGGGGUAACGAUACAAACAAGCAGCUCCUCCUCUGUCAUCUGCCCUGUGGGCCUGGAUAUCCUGGCUUCAGCUGGACUCGGUCUCACCAGCCUAGGCCUCUUGGGCCCCACGUCGUCAUCAUUAAAUAGUUCUACUGCUGCCAACUCGCUCCUGAAUGCUCUCAACAGUUCAGUCAGUCCCCUGCAGAACUCCAGCUCAGGCACGCCCAGCCCCACGCUUUGGGCAACCUCACUUGCUAGUCCGACAACUGCCCCAGGCUUCUCUUCACCCCUCAUGAUGCACCCAUCAACACAGGCCACCUUGACCAAUAUUUUCCUGUCAGGUGUCCAGGGUUAUGCACAGAACACCCCCUCUCCUCCCCCCGGUCUGGCCCCAAUCGACAGCCAGGUCAACGGCUUAUCAGAAACCAGCAAGAAUCUGUCAUCUCUCAAUGGACAUGUCAAGCAUUCCAAUUCAGUAUACAGGAGGUUGUCCGGGCCUUGUCUAGCUGAUAAAGUCCUUGGUGGGAAUCACACAGACUCUUCAAAUGAGAGCAGUGGCCACAGUCCCACAGAGCAACUAACUACCAAAUCCAGCCCUGACGAAGGUUCGAAUGAUGCCUUUGUAGAAGUAGGCAUGCCAAGAAGUCCAUCGCACUCCGCAAACAGUAAUGAGCUGAAACAGAUGCUGGGUUCUUCAAAAUCAUCGGCUGGCAAGAGGCAUGCAGUGGAGCUUCUACAAGGCACCAAGAAUUCACACCUGCACACAUCGGACCACUUGCUUUCAGAUUCGGAUUCCAGUGCUUCAGAAAGCCCACUGGCUGAUAAGAAGGCUCCAGGGAGCGAGAGAGCUGCAGAGAGGGCAGCCCAGCAGAAUUCCGAGAGAAUUCGCCUGGCGUCGCCCUCUUUUGCCAACAUGCAGGUACUCACUGCAUUUGACUACGAACAGAAGAAGCUGUUAGCAACCAAAGCAAUGCUGAAGAAGCCUGUGGUAACAGAAGUACGAACGCCCACAAACACAUGGAGUGGGCUGGGAUUCUCCAAGUCAAUGCCGGCAGAAACCAUCAAGGAACUCAGAAGAGCUAACCAUGUGCCCUACAAACCCACCAUGUCAACCACUUAUGAGGUUUCUCCCCUGCCUCUCUCACGGUCGGACAGUCAGGAGGGUUUGGGGAGCGGCAGUGAUUCUGAUAAUUGGAGGGAGAGGAACAUGAACGGCACCUUGGCUCACUCAGAAUUCCCAUCAGCCAUUGGCAGCCCUAAAAGAAAACAAAACAAAUCAACGGAACACUACCUAAGCUGCAGUAACUACAUGGACUGCAUCUCCUCAAUGACUGGCAGCAACAGCUGCAACCUGAAUGGUUCUUUCAAGGGAUCGGAUCUGCCUGAGCUCUUCAGCAAGCUGGGGCUGGGGAAAUACACAGACGUAUUUCAACAGCAAGAGAUUGAUCUCCAGACAUUCCUAACGCUGACAGAUCAAGAUUUCAAGGAGCUUGGCAUUACUACAUUUGGUGCUAGAAGGAAAAUGCUGCUUGCAAUCUCAGAACUGAACAAAAACAGAAGAAAACUUUUCGAGCCUCCAAGUAUCCGCACCUCGUUCCUGGACGGCGGGGCCAGCGGGCGGCUGCCUCGUCAGUUUCCCUCAGACAUUGCCAGCGUCAGCGGCAGAUGGUAGUAAACUUUGUUUUUCCCAUCGAGUAGGACAGAUCUUGCAGAAUUGAUGUCAACUCAAGUGCAUCUUAAUCCUGUGGACAGCUUUCACUGCACAGAUCCAUCCGCACAGAGAGUUUGGGCAUCGUGGACCAAAGCCUGCCUCACGUACAAGUGCUUGUGCCAAAAAACAAACAAGAAAGCACCGGCUAAUCAACAUUUUUGUAAAUGCCAAAUGUGGUACGAUGUUCUUUAUAUGUAGAUCAGAGAAGAUUCUGAGUAUUCAAAUUUUUAUGAGAGAACGCAAUCCAAUGCACUGUGGGAUCAAAAGAGGAAAUAUCAGAAUGGCUAGGAAAAUAUCUGCGGAUAUUAUUUAUAAAAAGUGCCUAGUGUAUUGCUAGGUGAAGUUUUAAAGCCCCUCUGCACUUUACAAAUCCUAGAUUCAUGGCCUGUGGAAAUAUAUUUCUCUGAUCUCCAUAUAAUAAGUGUGUUUUGUUAGCUCUAGUGAUGCUUAAUCUUUCUAGAUUAUGUGACCAAAUGUAAGCAGAUGAAGUUCUUUUUUUGUUUUCUUAUAAGUAGUUAAUUGCUUAUAACAACAGUAAUCAUCUAUCUAUGGCUGGAGUACACCUAAAUGAUGUUGGUACAACAUAAUGCAGCAGCAGCCCACUAAACAUUUUUAUUAUUAUUUAUUUUAUCCUGAAUAAUUUUACAUAAUUUCUUUUUUUUUUUAUUUAAUGUAUUUUCUUUCUUGAUUCUUUUCCUCCUUUAGUUUUACAAUUUUUAAAUGUAUUUCUAUAAAGAUUCCUGUUUUUUUCUUUGCAUUCUCAUUUUUAAUUUUCAUUAUUUUUAAAUUUUAUAUUUUUUAACAUGAGGUAUUACUUGACAGUUUUGCCCCUUUUUUCCCUUAAUCUUUUCAAAUCAAACCUUCUAAUACCAGACUGGCUGCGUUAGUUCCUGGAACAAUAGCCUUUGCUGGUUUUAAGUGUAUUCGCGUAUCACCUCUCUCUUUCCCUAAGUCCAUUCUUAAAAUAGACAGCCUUGGCCCACGAAUGUUUGUGGAGUACUGUAGUUAUUCCACAAAUGAGGAUGGCUUCAUGAAAUAAACACAACACCCCAUGAAUAUUUGUUCUGUUGAGUUGAAUACCAGAAAAAAUCAUUCAAAAUGGAACUCUCAACAAACACUUGUUGUAUAAAGGUCUGUAAAGAAUUGUAUUCUCUGUAUUCACAUCUUAUAUAUUUUUUUCUUUUAGUUGCUGCUAAACACAUCCUGUAGGUCAGUAAUGUUGACAGUACUGCAGCAUGCUGGAUUAAUUCAGCCUCUUGCCUUAUCCUGGGAAUUAUUUUCCCUCUCUUGUCAGAAUUUGCUGCCUCUGUGCUGUUGGUCUCCCUCUGGUUUAAUUUAAUGGCUGUCACUUGAGCCAGUACACACUACAGGGGCAAUGCAACAGCAUGGAUGAAAACUGUUUGGUUUGGAAGUGUCAAUCACACAUCUACAUAUAAUCUACAUGCUGUAGUUAUCCCUAGUUAUAGAUUUGUAUUAUUAUUUUCUGUCAGCAACAUUAUUAUAUAAAAAAAUGAAUGUUUGCUUGUUGUAAUACAGGAAAGGAAGAUGUAUAUUGUUACCGGUCAAUGUAAGAAGUGUGUUUUAUCUUAUACUGUGAAUUUCAAAGUAUUGAGAUGUGUUUUUUUUUUUUUUUGUGCCAGUUUUACACAUGAAGGGGUUCUUUUGUAAAUGAAGUAUAACCAUCAAGUGCUCCUUUCUUCACUCUAAUCAUUCGAAUCCCUUGAUUGUCUGUCCGAAUACCUUUUCUUCAGGAAGGGCUAUGAAGUAUCUGUACUGUAUUAUUAAUAAGGUACAAACAUUUUGAAUCGGAUGUUAACCACUGAAGAUUUGUUCCCGUAACUAGCUUUGUAUAUAAAAUAUGCUUAGAUGUUAAUGUUGAAUAACAGUUUCCUUUUUUAUAAUAGAUCGUACAUUUUCAAAGGAAAGUGUUGCACACAACAGGCGAAGAAACACUUUCACACAUUUAGUGGUAGGGUUAUUUGCCAGAGGAAAUGCAUUAAUGGUAUUUCUUAGAUCAUAUUGUCUUGUAUAGUUAAUCAUUUUCUCUGUUUUACAUUGCUGGUUAUACAGACUACAGUAUAGCUAACUGCAUUACUUUUAUGAUUAAUGGGAACUAAAACUAUAAUCACAGCUCUCCCCAUGUUUUCACAUGUUUUUUUAACUAGUUUUGUAGGCAUUGGCUUUACAAUGCCUAAUCUUUACUAAAACGUGCACUCUUUCAAUUGCCAUGUUUUCUAAUAGCCUGUGUGAGGUUUGAGCUUGUUGGCUGAUUUUAUUUUUUAUAAAAGCAUCUGGUUUUUUGGGGGGUUUUUUGGACAUAGUAAUUGGGUCUUGUAUUCAUUCAUUUCCGUUUAAAGAGUGACUGAUAACCAAAGCUAUUAAACACGUUUGAUUGAACUUGUAUUGAGAUUAACAACAUCCCCACUAGUCCUUGUUUUUUCAUCGCUUGUGUUUUUUUGGUUUUUUUUUAAAUUGGUGGUAUCUAAUUAAACAAGAAAUCUUACAACUUGUACAUUAUGUACUGUAAGUCUCAAAUGUGCAUUUCUGAAAGAAGCACAUGUUAUAACAAACUUCUAUUUUCCAGGUUAAGUAAAAAUAAAAUCUGUUUGUAAGCUUUACGUUUCGAUAGUCUUGCAUUUCCUUGAUCAUUUCACUUGGUCAGUGAAAUAGUCCUUUUACUGUCUUGUCCUGUCAUUUUAAUAACCAGUUGCUUUACCGAUUGACUGACAUGUAUUGCAGCCAGUAACAUGCUUUGACCCCAAAGACAUUGCUGAUGUGAAAUGACCCAGGAAGUGAAACAGUAGCAGACUACCUGAAAGAAAGGCAAGAAUAUUGAGUUCAUUAUUUUCAAUCUCAUGUGCUUCUUUCAAAACUAUAUUACAAAGUGCACAACAGGAAAGAUUUUAUGAAAUUGUUGUGUUGCCUAGAACCACUGUAAUUAGGCAUAUACAGAUCUAACAGCUUUAGAAAACUUGUAAUUCUCUUCAUGGUACUGGAUAAUUUCCUCUAUCAGACUCAAACAAUAUAUGGUCUCCCAGGCACUUGGAAUUGACCUUUUCCACCAGAGGUGAUCUGGUAUGGGGAAGAAGGAAGGGUAAAGAAAAACACAACGAAUUUCAGCAGAACAUUAAGAAUACCAGUAAUGAAUUGCUAAAGCUAAUACAAGUUAACUGCAUUCUAAUGCCAUGGUUAUCACUCUUUUUUAAAUGGUCUCGAUUACAAUGUGUAUUGUUUUGUUUAUCCUCCUUUUUGAUUGCAAACGUUCACAGCGGCUCCUCGUUUUGGAGUUUGCUUGGUCUUGAGUCUCCAUGGUCUGUGUUUCUUCUGUAUCGAGAGGAACAAGUACAAGUCAAACAAACAAGAUUUCUGAGCAGUUUUGUAGGAACGUUUAUUAUUAUUAUUAUUAUUAUUAUUAUUAUUAUUAUUAUUAUUAUUAUUAUUAUUAUUUGUUUAUUUAGCAGACGCCUUUAUCCAAGGCGACUUACAGAGACUAGGGUGUGUGGACUGUGCAUCAGCUGCAGAGUCACUUGCAACUGUGUCUCACCCGAAAGACGGAGCACAAGGAGGUUAAGUGACUUGCUCAGGGUCACACAAUGAGUCAGUGGCUGAGGUGGGAUUUGAACCAGGGACCUCCUGGUUACAAGCCCUUUUCUUUUCACUGUCACACAAUAUUCUGCCACUUUAAAACUGGAACUCGUUUUUUAUUUAAAACAAAACAUUGUACCACCAAAUGCAGAGCAGUCAGUGUUGUCGGAAGCCGUAGUUAAGAGACAGUGCUAUUUGUGUUCUGCCUUAAAAAGAGAAUGCAAGUGUAAUGGCAUCACUGGUGCAAUAGAAGCCACGAACACACUCAUUAUAACCAGUUCCACAGUAUAAAGGGUAUCCUUAUAAUGAAGGAGCACUAUAGCGUUCAAGUACAAAUCUAAUCUAAAAAGCCACAUCGGUACAGUGAAAAACCUUUGGAAAGGACAUCAGAAAUAAUAUCUGAGUUAUCCUCAUUUUUAGAAACUUACAAGACUACAAGUACUGAAUUGGGGUGUGUGUGUAUAUGUGUAUAUAUAUAUAUAUAUAUAUAUAUAUAUAUAUAUAUAUAUAUAUAUAUAUAUUAAUGUUUAAUAAGAUACAGUAAUACAAGAUCCAUUUAUUUUUUCGAAAUAACGAAUUCAAUGCAAAUGCAUUAAAACAACAUUUAAAGCUAUAAAUAUCAAGAUGAAGAUAAUAACAUCAGUUUGGAAAUCUCUGAUUUGGUCUCUGAUAGCAGAGACUAGUCAAUUUCACAGAAAUGUGUACAUUUGCAAAAACAAAAUAAAAAUAAAUAAAAUAAAACCUCAUUUUGUGAAUGGCAGAAUUGCCAAAGGAAGGUGGAAAAUCACAGGCUUUAGUUCCCAAAUCCUUACAAAUCGGAAUAUGGGGUUCUCUUAGUAUAAUUAAGCUUUUCACUAAUGGGAGAGGUCAUAGGAACUAAAACUUUGACAUGGCCUUAUGACAUGGAUGAGCAAUAUUUGUAGUUUGAAUUAAGCACCAAAGUGAAGGAUCUCUAGCAAAUGGAGGCUGUCAUUUCAGAUCAAUGGGGCUGCACAAAAGGAAACACUGGAAAUGACUCACUUUCUUGCACUAGAUAAAGGGAAUAUAUGACAAUGUUAUUGUAAAAUAUUGUCUAAACAGCAUUUUGUAUUAUGCACAACGCUUUCAAAUCAAUAGCUUCAAAUGAAGGUUAGUAAUAAGUCAGUGCCUUAUGAAUAAUCUUUUUUUUCAUCUGUAAAUGUAGCACAGAUAAAGUUGUAUUUUUGUGUGGUUUGUGUUCUUUAAAUAAAAAUCUUUAAGAAUGUCUUGUAAAUGUAAUCUGUUAAAGCAUUAAUUAGCUGCUUCAUUGCAAAAAAAAUAAAAAAUGUAUAUAAACCCUG